UCUUCUUAUAUAAAAAAAAAAAAAACUAAUUAUAGAAGAGAAAGAAACAAAGAAAAAAAAAACAUUAUUUCAUAUUCUUCUAAAAUAAUGGAAGAACAACUAAAUUCUUUAGCUGUUACUCAUCUUCUUCAACACUCUCUAAGAAGUUUAUGUAUUCAUGAAAACUCUCAAUGGGUUUAUGCUGUCUUUUGGAGAAUCCUACCUAGAAAUUACCCUCCUCCAAAGUGGGAUAGUCAAGGUGGAGCAUAUGAUAGGUCAAGAGGAAAUAGAAGAAAUUGGAUAUUGGUAUGGGAAGAUGGUUUUUGCAAUUUUGCUGCAUCAACGGCUGAGAUUAAUGGAAAUGAAUGUCCAGGAUCAUCUUCUAAUAAUAAUUAUGGAGAAUAUCAACAUUAUCAAGGUCUUCAACCUGAGCUUUUUUUCAAGAUGUCACAUGAAAUUUACAACUAUGGAGAAGGUAUAAUUGGAAAAGUGGCAGCAGAUCAUAGUCAUAAAUGGAUCUAUAAAGAACCAAAUGAACAAGAAAUUAAUUUCUUGUCUGCAUGGCAUAACUCUGCUGAUUCUCACCCUAGAACUUGGGAAGCUCAGUUUCGUUCUGGUAUUAAGACUAUAGCCUUGAUUGCUGUGAGAGAAGGUGUCAUUCAAUUAGGAGCUGUUCAUAAGGUUAUUGAAGACCUAAGCUAUGUGGUGCUACUAAGAAAGAAGUUUAGUUACAUAGAAAGCAUUCCGGGAGUGUUAUUGCCACAUCCAUCUUCCUCAGCCUAUCCUUUCAAGGUAGACGGAUACGGGGCGUCACCAGACGCGUGGCAUUUCCAGACUAAUUUACCAGCACCAACACCAACACCAGCUGAAUUAUACGAACAUUUCAAUCAACAUCAACACAUGAAGAUCACACCUUCAAUGAGCAGCUUGGAAGCACUUCUUUCCAAGCUGCCUUCCGUCAUUCCAGCAGAUGUUGCUGCUGGAAUGACGGGGGGUUCAAUACCUACUACCUAUUGUCAUGAGUACCAACAACAACCCCAAUAUAGACCUAAUGUUGAAAUGUUGGGGUUAGAGAAAGUUGCAAAAGAAGAGUAUGAGGAGGAGGAGGAGGAGAAGGAGAAUAAUAAUAACGAAGAGAAAACUCGAAAUAAUAAUAAUAAUAAUAAUAGUAAUGAGAGAUUAGAUCAUAAUGGUGGUGAGAGUAGUAGUUCAAUGUCAUCUUAUAGUCAACAUCAUCAUAAUUAUCAUCAUCAACAUUAUGGUUAUCAUCAUGAUUUGAAUGUAAGUAGUAGCAUGCCUAAUAAUGGAUAUUAGAAGGACAUGAUGGUAAUUAAUUAAGAGUAUUGUUUUAUGUAAUGUACUAUUAAUUAGAUUUGUGUUAGGAAGAAUUUGAUCCUUUUUUUUUCUUCACAUCUAACAAAGUAAUAGUAGUUUCUUC